AUGUCCUUCAGCUUCGGAAACACAAGCUCUACGCCGACGUCGAACAGCGGCUCGACCCCUGCGACUUCUGCCCCGGCGUCUGGAGGUCUCUUCGGCGGUGGCGCUGCCUCCAGCGGCACUCCCAGCUUCUCCUUCGGCAACCUGGGAGGCAACAACACACCCGCUGCUGGAUCGAGCAGUGGAGCGUCGGCUUCAGGCGGGGGAUUGUUCGGACAGAGCGCUGCUCAGAAACCAGCAGGCGGACUCUUUGGAGCCGCUUCUACGGGCACGCCUCCUUCGACCGCAGGUGGCCUCUUCGGGGCCAAGCCUGCCACCGGCACAUCAUCGACUCCAGCUGCUUCUGGUGGCCUCUUUGGCCAAAACACAGGCUCUUCUACGCCUAGCACAUCUGCCCCCGCAUCAGGAGGUCUCUUUGGCGGCGGAGCCGCCUCAAGCAGCACUCCUGCUGCAUCUUCCGGAGGAUUGUUUGGAGGAGGAAACGCAGCGGCGAAGCCGGCAGCCAAUCUUUUCGGUGGCGGAAACGCUGGCAGCUCUACCCCCUCGGGAGGUCUUUUCGGUCAGAACACUGCGUCGGGCUCUUCAACAGCCCCUGCUCCCGCUUCUGGUGGGGGUUUGUUCGGUGGCAUGAACAAGCCUGCAUCAAGCACGCCUACUGCGGCAACUCAGGCAACGCCCGCAAAGCCCUUGUUUUCGCUUGGAGGAUCGACAACGCCUGCUGGAGCUCCCCCCGCUGACGCGAGCAAGCCUGCUGCAGGCGGUCUUUUCGGCGGUGCCACAGCAUCCGGUUCUGCAGCCCCGUCACCUUUUGGUGCUGCGGCAGCCAAGCCGGCGGAGAGUAGCAGCGCGGGCGGUCUCUUCGGUGGUGCCGGGCAGUCCAAGCCUGCUUCUACGGCUCAGCCGGCGAGUGGAGGUUCGCUCUUCGGCGGUCAGACGCAACAGCCUGCGGCGAGCGGUGGUCUCUUCGGAGGCCAGAAGCCGGCUACAACCGCGGCCCCUAGCGCUGGUGGCCUCUUUGGUGGCCAGGCUGCUACUGGUACUGCUUCAACCCAGCCCGCUUCAGGGACUGCCGCAGCUUCCACAGCUGGCGCCUCUGCACCCUUCGGUGGUGCCAAGCCUGCGACGCCUACUACUUCGACACCCCCUACAUCGUCUGCCGGUGGCCUCUUCGGCGGCAACACAUCCUCCACGCCGGCGACAGCAACGACGCAAGCUGGCUCUAGUGCAGGUGGACUCUUUGGCAAGCCUGCCGCUACUGCAUCUGCAACCCCUGCUGCUACAACGGCUUCUUCUUCACUGUUCGGCGGCCAGUCAUCUGCAACUCCUGCCAGCAAACCUGCCAGCGGUGGACUCUUUGGAGGCGCCCCAGCAGCGAGCACCUCUCAGGCGGCAUCUACUCCUGCAGCGACUGCGCCGGCGACUACUUCUGCUGCAACUACAUCAACACCAGCUGCCGGUACUGCCGCAACUGCUGGUGGUCUGUUUGGCGCCAAACUGUCAACACCCGCUGCUGGAACAUCAACCCAGAACGGAUCUGCCCCGGCCGCCACAUCCGCCACGACUGGCAACUCAAAUACUCUAGCUGCAUCCACGACCGGCCCUACUUCUCAGCUCCCUCGUCUGAAGAACAAGUCGAUGGACGACAUCAUCACGCGGUGGGCUUCAGACUUGUCCAAGUAUCAGAAGGACUUUAAGCACUACGCUAACCAAGUUGCCGACUGGGAUUUGGGUUUGGUGGACAACGGUGAGAAGAUCCAAAAGCUCUACCUCAACACCUUUGAGGCCGAGAAGGCCAGCCACGAGAUUGAGCGUCAACUCCAAGCUGUUGAGAGUCAGCAGGACGAGCUUGAAGAUUGGCUCAACCGCUACGAGUCCGACGUGAAGGAGAUGUUCUCCCGCCAGAUGGGACAGGGCGAGACUCUGACUGGACCUGACCAGGAGCGCGAGCGCACGUACAAGCUCGCCGAGAAGUUGACGCAGAAUCUCGACGAGAAGAGCAGAGACCUGUCCAAGAUGGUCAAGGAAAUCAACGACAUCUCCGGCACUCUUAGCAAGGGCAGCAAGCCCGAGGACCCUCUGAGCCAGAUCGUCCGUGUUCUCAACGGCCACCUGUCGCAACUCCAAUGGAUUGACACCAAUGCCGCGUCCCUGCAGGCCAAAGUGUCUGCUGCACAGAAGGCGAACAACAACCUUGGCAGCCAGUACGGAGCACCAGAGACUGAUGCGGCAGAGAGCUUUUACCGAUCUUACAUGGGUCGGCGAUGA